CAAUAGAUGGAACCCGCGAUUGCAUCAUCGACUGUCAACGGUGGAGAGACAUGUGUCAUGGAGACGGAGGACAUUCUGAAGGGUUUUGCAGAUGGUAGCAAGGAAGGGAAUUCGGCUGGAGGGAACAGCGCAGACUGUGCAGAGGUGCUUGCGACAAUAUGUGCACAGACUGCAGAGAUGAUGGGUGAUGGUGAUGAAACAAAGAAUGAUGCAGAAGGGAACACUUGUGAGACGGAAACGGUUGGGGAAGAGAGAGAGGAGGGAGGUCUGGGAAGCAGGGAAUCUCUGACAGGGUGUAUUGUGAAAGAUGAAAAUGUGGUGAAGACAUCAGCAGGAGAAGAGUACCCAUACGAUAUCAAUUGGGUGUCGGGUCGUGUUCAACCGGGUAUUGUUGGAGGAGCACCCUGCUUUGCGUUCAAAGUCGAAGGGACAUGGGUUGAACGAUGGGGCAACACCACAGGUGAAAUGACGAUAUGCAUUGGACAUGUGGCGUGUUCUGGAGGCGAGAGCGAUGCGAGGAGGGAUCCUAGGUGGGGUUGGGUGCCAUGUGUGAUCCUGAUUCCAUGUGGCCGUGUGAGGAUGAUGAUGCGUGAUGCCAUGGGAAAUGUCAGGAGCACGCAUUAUGUGAAUGGCAACUUCUCCUUCAGGCACCUCGACAGGGAGGUCUCAGAAGACGAGAAGAAGGCAAUGGCAUGUCCUACCCAUAUUGUUGGCUGCUUUUUCCCGCCGCUUCGGAACCCUGUGGAGUUGGAGGUGGUUGAAGAGAAAGUUUUCACUGGUGAGGAUGGCAACACAUACACGCAUGCAAGAUGGCAGAAAGCCACGUAUGAUGGACUAUGCUCGCAGAUAUGGGACCAUGUCACAAUGAGGACUGACGUUCUGUCUGCCAUGGACAUUGGGGCCCGUGCCAUCCCUGAAGGACAGUUACAGCAGCAUAUGGCCUCUGAAAAGUAUGACUGUCGUGUCAAUUGGGUCCCAGGAUGUUUGCAUCCUGCAGUGGUUGAUGGCAAGGUGACGAUGGCAGCAAGACUGCAAUCAGGGCAUUGGCUCCCAUUGGGAUGGAUGCGUGUAGGCACUGUGGAGCAUUGGCAGUUCCGUUUGGUUCUGACACGUGUCUCAAUUUUCAAUGUGAAUGUAAAGGACCACGUGCUGGUGGUUGAACACGCAAAGCGCUGCUGGGAGAAGAUAAGGGAGGAGGAACGUCAAAUGGUGUGCGCGGGUUAUGACUCCAUGGCUGACCAGGGGAUGUGGUCCAUGGUUGAGGGGAGUUGUACGGGCCAAGAGCACGGCGACAGUCAGAACAGAUACAUGACUCACAUUCGCUACAGGCACGGUUGCACGACCGUUCUUGGUUGGGACCCGGUCGUAUGUCCCAUGACAUAUGAGCAUGGUGGAGACGUCACCAUGAGAUUCAGAGACCCGUUUGGUGUGCCUUUCCAUCUGACCUACUCAGAUGGACUCCUGCGAGACAUUCGGUAUCUGCCGGAGAAUGACUUGGCAGGUUCAGCGCAGCCAGGCAAGAGGACAGAGAAGCGCUCAAAAAUUUCUCGUUUGUCUGCUGAGGUGGAGGGCCCAUCUGGUCCUGGUCGAGUCGGGGGGUGCUCUGCAGCACAGGGUGACAUGGGCGGCUUGAGCGAUGUCGCGAUGUCGCAGAGCCCGGGGAAGAAGAAGAAGUGCACGUCGGGACCGCCACGUGGGCAGACGCCCGCAGGCAGAAAGAAGGUGAACCCGAAGGCGGUGCCAGCGACCGGAGACACCGCAGGUGCACGAACUCAUGUCCACAGACCCCGUCGACACCUCGGGAUGACAACUUUGUCGGAAAUCAGAAAGUUGCAACGAUCCACCGACCUUUGCUUGGCUUUCAGGCCGUUCUUGCGGCUCGUGCGCGAGGUUGUGGAGGAGGACAUUGCUUCGGGUAUGGGCGUGAGGUUUCAGAUGACGUCAGUGCAUGCUUUGAUGGAGGCUGCCGAGGCAUACCUGGUCGCCAAUUUCGAGAAUACCAACGAGGUGGCCAUCCAUUCGAAGAGGGUGACGAUCCAAGUCAGGGACAUGAGACUGGUGGAUAGGUUGUCGAAGCCUCGCUGGGUUGAGAAAUAUCAAGGCAUGUUGGACGAGAAGGCGAGAGCUAAGGAGAGACAGCAACGGAUGGAGGCCGGACAGGCGGCAAGAGAUGGCAGCAGAGCAGGGGCGAAGAAAAGGAAAGCAGUGCCACAGGUAAUGAAGUAUGCAAAGGAGGGCGUGCACUACAACGGUGACAGCGAGUUGUCUUUGCUUCAGGACAGGGUGCCGAGGUACUUCAUAGUCGCUGUGGAUAUGAGAUCCACGAUCAUGGAAAACGGCGAGGGCUGUGUCAAAGCACGAACACUCUUGCAACGCUUCAGAGAGUCACCACAUGUACGUGUGGACAACGAUGUGGAAGACAGUGCAUACAGUCUAAAAGGAGUGGUCCAGUGGAUUUGCAGCGAAGGGAUGUACGAAGAAGGAGACAUGGACAUGACAAUGCAGCAGAAAGGGGGGACAUAUACACCUGCGGAUUUCAAGAAGUUCCUGGGCACUGUGGCAAGGAAUGGGGGAAUGCUGGUUGAUGGGUCGAAGGACGAGCUGAAGAGUGGUGCUGCAGAAAUCUUGGUGUUGUUCAGAAUGAAGGACAUCACACAAACACCACCAAAAGACUUUCAAGAUGUUCCUGUCAUUGUUGCAGAUGGUGUGGAAUAUAUUCUGCUGGAUCAACUUCUGGACUUCAUGAAAAAGAGUGUCGACGACAAGAACGUCAUCCAUGAGGCGUUGCACGAAGUCACAGAGUUUGCACUGCAGGGUCAAGAUCUGAUAGAAUUUGUGCCAGCAAGAACAAAAGACAACAUCAUAUCUGACAGACCAUUGUGGGGGGAGUUAUUUUCAACUGCUUUGGAGCGGCUCGGUCUUGCAAGUUGCGAUGUUGAGAGACAAAGAGAAAGAGAAGAAGGGUGGAAGGUGAUGGCCACAGAAACAAGUUUUGCAAUCAUUCCAGACAACGGACAGACAUCAGCAGCACAAGAAUCAAUAACCAGUAUGGCAGUCGAUGUGCCUCCCAAGCAGACAGCAACGAGAAAGGAGGUAGUGUGUUCCGAUAUCUUCAAUGCUUUCACAAUGGAGAAAGAACAGUGUGAUCGUGGAUUUGAAGAGGCCGAUUUGCCAAGUUGUUGUGCAGAGUACACAGACAGUGCAGAAGAAGAAGAUGAAGAAGAGGAUGAGGGGGCAUCAUCUUCUGACGUGGAAGUGAGCGGCGGCGAUGCCAACAGCGACGAGGAAGACGAGGAACAUGAUGUAUACUAUGAUUUGAAGGGGGCGGGUGGACAAGUGACAAAAGGGUGGGCACAUGCAAUUCUGAGGUUGGCACAUGCUUUUCUCGAUCCGCACAAAGUGCUGCGUGUUGUGAUGAAGGGGGCAACACCAGAUGGUGCACUACAGUAUGCCGUUGUAAUGAAAUCAUGCAACAAGGGGAAAAAGUGGACACGUGUUGGCAAGGGAUGGUUUGUUUUGGUCAAUAGAAAGGUUGUGCUAGCAACGUCACUGACAUGGGGAGUCAACUUGAAUUGCCUCAUACACGGCGCAAUGACGACAGCUUGGGGAGAGACAUUGCAACCCGGCUUGUCAACAGGAGACGCAAUAGAGAUGGGUGUGGUCGAUGACGCCGGACCAUCAAGUAUAGGUGCAGUGAAUCUCGUGAGCGAUGAGAGCGAGGACGUCGGGGUCCCCGAGAAUGUAGACGGGGAGGGCGGGACAUUCGAAGAGCAACAACCACAACUUGUCGAGUCUUUUGACAGCUCUCGCAAGCUGGCGGCACUGAUUUUCUUCGCCAGGGGCAGCGUCGGAAGUCUAGCAGAGGCUGCUGGAUGGAAAAAGUUGGAUCUACGUUGUGAUGAUUGGCCACGGGAUGCUUACGCCAUCUGGUGGCACUGCGACUUUCGAACGACAUUUCUGUCGAUUUUUCAUAUCACAUUACAGAAAUGCGAGACGGUGUUUUCUCUAGAAGUGUCUCCGCCGUCAGAGCACCUCAAUAUAUCCGGCCCACGCAGCGGGGCGCUAAGUUAUCACAUCCAGUCGAUCAUUCGAGCAGACAAAGGUGUGAACGCGAAUGGUAAUCCACGUUAUGUUAUCCCUCUUUUAUUGUAUUCCGACAAGACACAUACAAACGGUCAUAAAAAACAGACGACGUACCCUCUGAUGAUGUCACUAGCCGACCACGCAUCCGAAGCCACACUGCUGGCCUAUCUUCCGGUGCUUCAUCAUCGUCCACGUGACAAAGGAUGGGGUCUGCAGUCCACCGCAUUCAGAAAUCGAAAGACCAUCAUUUUGCACAAGGCCCUUUCAGUGGUGUUGCAGUCUGCGAAGGAGGCAUCUCAUGACGAAAUAAUGAUACCGACAACGCGAUUCAGGGACAUAACUGUCCACCCUUUCCUCCUCAACUAUAUCCAGGACUACCUAGAACGAUGUGCGAUUGCAACUGUGAAGUUUGGUGUAUGUCCAACAUGCACCGUGUCCAAAAGCGAUUUUGAUGUCAUAGCCGAUUUCACAGACUGCAGGAGAUCACAGACGCUGGAAACACACCUCACAACAAAUGUGUUCAUCGCCGAUGACAUCGACGUUCGCCGUGCAGCGGAAGCACGAAUGACGGAAUUGAACAUGCAUAGGCAUGUUCAACAGAACGGCCUUUGGGGGUUCUACAGGGACCCCAAUGGUGACGAUCCUCAGCUAGACUACCACCUGGCAUUGCAACCAGACCGUAUGCACACAAUCGAGCACGACAUAUUCCUGCACAUGAUUGACGCAUUCAGGAUCGCAGCCUUUGAGAAGUUGCCGCACUUACCGCAAACAGAGAUCCCGAAGGAACUAGAUGCAAGGUUGCAAAGCGUUAGUGAGAGAUGCACGCGAACAUACCCCCAACUUGUGCUGCCGGUGGCCACUGACAACAACUUUUUUUCGAGGGAGAGACGGUUCCAGGUGAAGCAAAACCGGUCUGUGAUGACAGUGUGCGUGCUCCUUAUUUCUGGUAUUAUCCCGCGCUCGACAGGCAAGGGCAUUACCGUUCGUUUUGUGAAACUGAUGGAAAUGUACGAGUGUUUCGGUGUACAACACACACUCGUGCUUCGCUCGAUGAAUGCGACGCUUUGAUCACGGACUUCGUAACGACCAUCAAAGCAAAAUUGAAAAAAUAUCAACCAUCAACAUGGGAACUCCCCAAGUUGCACGAUCUCAUGCAUCUGACAACGUGUAUUGAGCGAUCCGGUAUCCCCGACACCUUCGCGACAGAUGUUUGGGAGCAUCACCACAGGAAAUUCUGCAAACAGCCAUACCUGUCAUCAAAAAAGCGGAAAGCUUCAACCCAGAUGGUAAACCAUGUACGCCGGUCAUUGGCGUUGCGCGAAGAGAUCGGGAUCGUGAGCAAACGAAGGAAGAGAACGGUUGAGAACCGGUCGUCCGUGACAGACUGUAUGGCCACCGGAAUGAACACCCUCGCACUAC